AUGGCUCCGAAUAAAAAAUCGACUCCGCUUUCCAAAUUGAAUUUUCAAUGGGAAUGGGAAGGUGACAAAGGUGUUUGGCAACAAUAUGGUACUGAUAUCCAACAGGAAAUAUCUAAAGCCUACAAAGCCGGCGACAAAGAAAUAAUGAUUAAUCAAACUGAAGAAGUAUGUAUGACUAUUAAAUUUGCGGAUAUGGUACAAGUUAAUCAAAAGACGAAGUUUAUGCGUCGUAUACGUUCAUGUAUUGAAUUGAAAGAUCAAAAUGGUUUCUUUGUCUAUGAAUAUGAAAAUGACAAUAAGAAAUGGAUGGUCUACAAUACUGAAAUAAUGAUUCAAAUUGCCAAUGCUCUUGAAAGGAAUCAGACAGUAAUAAGCACCAAGUAUCGAAAUCAAUCGUAUGAAAUUGAUCUUGAUCAAUUGAUUGAAAAGAAUGUCGAAAGCGAAAAAGUUCGAAAUGUUCGUUCUGUUCAAUCAACGGCAAAGUUACCGUUAACUGUAUCGACGUUAUCUAACAAAAGACCAGUGAGUGACGAUGAAACUCUCGAAGCUAAAAAGAAAAAACGUCCUACAUCAAAAUCUACGGCAUCCAUCGAAAAAAGCACUAUGCGAACUAUAACUACGGUUAUUGGCAAAGUUCCUGUUGAUGCUGAAUGCACAAGUAUGUUAGAUAAAGCACAUGUUUAUUGUCAAGACGAUGAUGUUUUUGAUUGUAUGCUGAACCAAACUAAUGUUGGUAAUAAUAAUAACAAAUUUUACUUAAUUCAAUUGUUAGAAGAAAAUAGUUGUAAGAAAUAUUAUGUUUGGUUACGCUGGGGACGUGUCGGUUAUACUGGACAAAACAACUUAGAGCAUUUUGGAUGCGACUUGGAUGAAGCUAAACGAUUCUUUUGCCAAAAAUUCAGUGAUAAAACAAAAAAUGACUUCUACUAUCGUGAUACAUUUACGAAAUAUCCUGGUAAAUACGAUUACGUACAACUGGAUUACAAUCCAUCUACAUCGAAAAGUGAAGAUAAGAAGAAACAAUUGGCAAACAUCGAACAAUUGAAGAGUUUACCUGUACCAGAAUGUAAACUUGAUCAACGCUUACAAAAUCUGAUCCAAUUGAUUUGCAAUGUACGGGCCAUGGAAGAAGCCUUACUCGAAAUGAAAUUCGAUGCACGCAAGAAUCCACUCGGUAAAUUGAGUGCAACACAAAUCAAAGCUGGUUACUCAGCACUCAAAGAAAUUGAAACGUACAUAAAAAUAAAUAAAUUCAAUUCAGCUUUCAUCGAAGCCAACAAUUCAUAUUACACACGGAUUCCACAUGAAUUCGGUCGAAGUACUCCUCCAUUAAUAAAAACUGUUCAGCAACUAAAACAAGAAAUUGAAUUACUUGAAGCCCUUGAUGAUAUUGAAAUCGCAUUUACUACAUUAAAUACUGAUACAAAUACCCGUUUGAAUCCAAUAGAUCAGCAUUAUGAACAACUCAAAUGUAAAUUGGUUCCGAUGGAGAAGACAAGCGACAUGUAUGAAUUAAUUAAUAAGUAUCUUCAAUCAACACAUGCGGUUACCCAUCAACAGUAUAAAAUGCAAAUUGAAGAUAUUUUUGAAGUUGACAGAGACAACGAAAAAGAAGUUUUUAAGGAUGUGGGUAAUCGAAUGCUUCUCUGGCAUGGUUCUCGCUUGACAAAUUUUGCCAGUAUUAUCAGUCAAGGUUUACGAAUUGCACCACCCGAAGCUCCAGUGACUGGUUAUAUGUUUGGCAAGGGUCUAUAUUUCGCCGAUAUGAGUAGUAAAAGCGCAAACUACUGCUAUCCUACGCCAAGUAAAAAUGUCGGUCUAGUCCUACUAUCAGAAGUUGCAUUGGGUAAAUGCAAUGAAUUACUUCAAGCUGACAACAAUGCUCAUCGAUUACCGGAAGGUUUCUCGAGUGUAAAAGGCCUAGGCUCUACAGCGCCUAGUAUGAAAAACGCAGUGACAUUAGAUAACGGUCUUGUUAUUCCAAUGGGCCCUGGUGAAACUACAGAUGUAGUGAAUCCAAAAGGUUAUACACUCAAUUAUAAUGAAUAUAUUGUGUAUGAUACAAAACAAGCACGAAUGCGAUACUUAAUCAAAUUGAAAUUCUUAUUCAAAUAG